CAUUGCUCAAGAUUUGUCACACCAACACCCCUUGGAGCCAUGGACGUCGUGAAUGCCACGUUGCUGGAGCAUGGCAUCAGCUUGGCGGUGCUGGAAUCCACCUUCCAUGACCUCAACUCCCUCGCGUUCCUCGAGCCGUACUGGCAGCACAUGAUCACAAGCUACUCGCCGUUCACGAUCGUGUCCGUGUUCACGUUUGUCCUCCACGAAGCGCUCUACUUUAGCAUUUGGCUGCCUUACCUGGCGCUGGACUUCGUCCCGUACUUCCGCAAGUACAAAAUCCAAGAGGCCAAGCCCAAUACGUGGGCGGAAACAUGGCGUUGCUUCAAGCACUUGGUCUUCAGCCACGUCGUGGUGCAACUGCCCAUGAUUCUAUCCAGCGACUGGGGACUGCGCCAGCUCGGGUUCACCUUUGAGCUCCCCCUUCCGACCGCCUCAACCAUUGCGUGGCAAUGCCUCGUGAGUUUCAUCUUGGAGGACUUUUACUUUUACUGGGUCCACCGCCUUAUGCAUCACAAGAGCGUCUACAAAUACGUGCACAAAGUCCACCACGAAUAUGCCGCGCCCUUUGGCAUCGCGGCCGAGUACGCGCACCCGAUCGAGACAAUGCUGCUGGGCGUCGGCACGUUCCUCGGGCCGCUCCUUCUCACCCGCCACCUCCUCACUUUGUGGGUGUGGCUCGCGGUCCGCCUCUUCGAAACCAUCGACGACCACUCGGGCUACGAACUUCCGUGGGCAUGGUCCAACUUUUUGCCGUUCUGGGCCGGUCCCGUUCAUCAUGACUUCCACCACGAAAAGUUUGACGGCAACUACGCUUCCGUGUUCACUGUGUGGGACUACGUGUUUGGCACGGAUGGCGCGUUCCGCCAGUCGCAAGCCGACCGCCGCGCCUCGGGCAAGUCCUCGUGGGCUGACAUAUUUGACCUGGUGACGCCCACCGCUCCGUCGUCGAAAUCCACAUCCGCGGCAAAGAAACCCAAGGCCAAACUCGCCUAGACCAUCAUACCUACUACUACGUAGUAACGUUAUUUCCAUUCUAGUAUCUAGUUACGAUUUUAAACUUGUGCAAGAGGUGGUGUGUUUCUGUACCUGGUAUUAUACUAUUAUUAAUAUUAAUAUUAUAAUAAUUCCCUCAUACAGUUCC